AUGCGGUUGUUGUCAGCUAUUCCUUACCGUCUUGUCAGCACUCUUCAAUGCGGGUCAGCGCAACAGACCGGGCUUCGCAUGCUGAGCAGCGCUGCUCAACCGGCAAGAAAACCAGCUGGACCAAUUGAUGAGCGUGAGAGUAAAGAAAUCUACACUACUGUCUCCAUCGAUCCUAAUGAACCGAAAUUCGAGAAGAUUCUCAUCGCAAACAGAGGAGAAAUCGCAUGCCGUGUGAUCAAGACAGCUCGUGCCAUGGGCAUCAAAACCGUCGCUGUCCAUUCUGAUGUUGAUUCCGGCUCUCUUCACGUAAAAAUGGCGGAUGAAGCAGUUUGUGUCGGCCCAGCUCCCACCAGUGAAUCGUAUCUGAGAGCUGACAAGAUUUUGGAGGCUGUCAAGAUGACUGGUGCUCAGGCUGUCCACCCUGGUUACGGUUUCCUUUCCGAAAACACCAAAUUCGCGGCUGAACUUGAGAAGGUUGGGUCUGUGUUCAUUGGACCGAACUCUAAAGCUAUUCUGGCCAUGGGUGACAAAAUCCAUUCGAAAAAGAUCGCUACAGAGGCAAAGGUCAGCAUGAUUCCUGGUUACGACGGAGAGAUCGACGAUGAAGACAUGUGCGUCAAGGUCGCUAACGAUAUUGGAUAUCCAGUUAUGAUCAAAGCUUCAGCAGGUGGUGGUGGAAAGGGUAUGCGUAUUGCAUGGAACGAUAAGGAAGCCCGUGAAGGUUACAGGCUCUCCAAGCAAGAGGCCAAAUCCUCCUUCGGCGAUGACCGUAUGCUUGUUGAAAAGUUCAUCGAUAAUCCUAGGCAUAUUGAGAUGCAGAUUCUCUGUGACAAACAUGGUAAUGCUUUGUGGCUGAAUGAACGUGAAUGUUCUAUUCAACGUCGUAAUCAGAAGGUGAUUGAAGAGGCUCCAAGCAGUUUUGUACCUCCAGAGAUGCGUCGUGCUAUGGGAGAACAGGCCACUUCCCUUGCUCUCGCUGUAGGCUACGAUUCUGCUGGUACCGUUGAGUUCCUUGUGGACUCAAAGAGAAACUUUUAUUUCCUGGAAAUGAAUACCCGUCUACAAGUAGAGCAUCCGAUCACAGAAUGCAUUACUGGAAUUGACAUCGUGCAACAAAUGUUACGAGUAGCGUACGGACAUAAACUACCUCUUUCUCAGGAUCAAGUCCCACUGAACGGUUGGGCAUUCGAAAGCAGAGUCUACGCCGAGGAUCCUUACAAAGGUUUCGGCCUGCCUUCUAUCGGUCGUUUGCACAGAUACGUUGAACCACGCCAUAUUACGGGCGUUCGAUGUGAUUCUGGUAUCCGGGAGGGUUCCGAGAUCUCCAUUUAUUACGAUCCCUUGAUUUGCAAGCUCGUCACGCAUGGCAAGGAUCGAAUGCAAGCUCUUGACCGUAUGAUUGAAGCGCUAGACAACUACGUUAUCAGGGGGGUGACGCACAACAUUCCAUUGCUUCGGGAUAUUUGCCAAGAAUCUCGCUUCCGUGCUGGAAAUAUCACGACGAAAUACCUUCCGGAAACGUAUCCUGAAGGCUUCCAAGGUGCAACGCUGAAUGAAAAGGAGGAAGAGACGUUGAUAGGAGUUGCUGCAGCAUUAAACGCUCGAAAACUUGCUCGCGCUAGCCAUUUCAUGAAUCAUGACCGACAUACAACCACAAGAGUCCCUCCUUACAGCAGAAACUUCAAAUUCACCGUGCAAUUACCGGGUGUUGAAGGGGAAGAGAAGAAGUCACAUAAAGUUAAUGUGUACUUCAAGGACGGAAAUGAUAAACACGCCAGAGUUCUCGUUGAUGGGAAGAAAAUCAAGGUUGAUGGAGACUUGAAUCUCGCUCGGCCUGUGAUCCAAGUGAACACUGGAGAAAAAAUCGCCACACAAAUCGUCUCAAAAAGAGCUGGAGAAAUUACUAUUUUGUACAAAGGAUCACCGUUCAAAGUUAAAGUGCUACCCGAACAAGUUGUCGAACUGCUCCAGUAUAUGAAAGAAAAACCAAAGGUCGAUUUGUCCUCUGUAGUCCUUGCCCCUAUGCCUGGUGCUAUCAAGUCGGUGACGGCAAAGGUUGGGGAUAUGGUCAGCGAAGGACAAGAAUUGGUUGUUAUGGAGGCUAUGAAAAUGCAGAACAGUUUACAUGCAGGAAAGACUGGCAAAGUGAAGGCCGUCCAUGUAAAGGUUGGAGAUACCGUUGAUGAAGCACAAGUACUUGUCGAACUUGAGUAA